AUCUUGGGAGUUGUUAGCCAACAAUGUUAAGAAUAAUUGCACGGGGCUCAAGUUCUAGUCGGUAAAACUGUAGUUAAUACAGUAUUAACGGCAAUCAGUAGCAAAGUACAUUAUAUUGUCGAGACUAAGACGAAAUAAUUAAGGAAUUGUGCAUUAUCAAAUGCAUUCUUAUCGUCACAUAUCUCAUUUUUCAGUAUAUCAACACAACAGGAGCUCGCGUGUUUUUAAAAGAGUUGUACGAGUCAAAGUACGACCCUCUCUCAGUAUCAUAUACUGUCUUGUCAGGUAAGAACGGGUUUAUGGAAUUCUCGUUUUAGUAACACGUAGGUUUUACUGAUUACUCAGAACUCAUUCAUUAUGAAUGCAUAAAGAGAUAACUUAUACGAGAGUCAUUUCAUUAGUAGAGGAAGGCGAUCAUUUUAAGUAUUAGCCCCCUGGAAGUCGUUUAAUGUUUUUGCUACUGAUUAUCCCAUGUAGAAAAAGCUCUCAAUUUGGCGUCGUCAGUUUUAUUCAGUCCUUUUUUUCUCCUGCUAAGCGCAUCGGCCCCACAAGUAGUUGGGAUGAUGUUUGUGAAGCUGCCUCGUCCCCCGUCGCUCGCGUUGCUUGCGUCCAUUUCUCACGCCUUUUUUAUUGUUCCGUUCUCCCUACUAAGCCUUAAUUUUAGGAAAGCCUGUUGAUAAAGCACUCUUUAAGGAACCAAAUGUGUGGGGAUUUCUAAACUGCACAGUCGUUUUAUAUCUUUAUCACAGAUAUUUGCCAGCCAAGAUGGAGUUAUUUUGGUGGCUACUGUUACUUCACAAGUCGUGCAUGCGCCUCGUGGCUGACCGCUGAGUCAAACUGUUCUACGAUGAGUUCCAAUUUGGUAACAGUUCACAAUCAAGAAGAAAAUGUCUACAUUCAACACCGUCACAACGGAGAGAGGUCUUGGAUUGGACUCAAUGACCGAAGUGUGGAGGGCUCCUUUGUGUGGACAAAAAAAGAAAUGAGCAAAUUUAGGUUCUGGGCUCCACAGCAACCGAACGACUGGAGAAACGAAGACUGUGUUCACACUCUUGGCGCCAAGCAUGGUUACACUUGGAAUGAUGUGCCAUGUACUAACUGUUACAACUACACUUGUUUUAAAGGUAAUAAGCGUAGCACUAUGAGGAUUUAUAACCGUAUAUAUCUUAAUCUUCACGUUCCAGAUAGUGAAGCUACUGAGUUAAAACUACAUGCAAAAAGGUCGAAACACAAUUACAGCAUAAUAGGCAGAUGGUUAGACAGAUUCCUUGAAAAGGAAGAGAGGGUUACACCAAUCAGUUUCAUUGUUAGAAAAAUAGGGAAACAAGUCGUAUGCAUUUGCAUUAAAAAAAUGUCCAUUGACCUAAAAAUGGCCGCAAAAGCCUGAAAUCGGCGUAAUCAAACGAAGAACGAGAAAGCGUUCAUACGUUGGAACCAGGGGAAAAGUCGUGCCAACCUCCGCUUACCUUUUAACCCACUUUUCUAAACACCUCUUUGCAAAUUAUUAACGAACAUAAGUACAUACGUUAACUCAGGGCACGCUUACGAGCCUUUUUGCAACUUCCUUUUUUCAAACAGUUUUUUUUUGCCUUGCCAGUAUACGUCAAUUACCCAACUACACCUCAGUAUAUUCUUUUUAAACAAGCUUCAUUAACUAAAAAAAGUCAUGUUGUUUGACAAGAAGCCUCUGUGUGCUUUCUUUUUAGACUUGGAUGAAUGUACCACUGGUUCCCAUUCCUGUGACGUAAAUUCCAUAUGCCAGAAUACCGUGGGUUCAUACAAAUGCUCGUGUAAUGCUGGGUACACAGGAGAUGGAAAACCUUGCAACGGUAUUUGAGAUACAGUUGAUCCUCCAUGUGCGACCACCUCUCCUAAGAGAACCAUAAGUCGACAUGGAACUACACAUAUCGUAACUUUGAAAUUGCAAACAAUAAGUUGUUUUUCAAAGAGACGACCUCUUAUUUUUUUAUUUUUGUAAAACGACAUUAUUUUUGUAAGCGACUCUAAUCUGAAGGUUCUUAAACAAGACGACGAAACCUUGAAGGUGCAAUGCUUGUGUGCAAAAGCUCGACACUGUCAUGUCAUUUUGGAAAAAAGCAUAAAACCAUAUUUGUUAAAACAUAAAAACAUCAAACAAACAAGAAGAAAGAAAAAAUGGAUACAUUUACCUUAGCUACCAGAUGUAAACCAUCAGGUAGAUUUAAUAUUAGUUAUUCUAACGCGCUUUACGUAACUUACAAUUCUCAUGCAGAUAUCGACGAGUGUUCUACCCACUCUCACAGCUGUGGCGUUAAUGCGGUUUGCAGUAAUACUGUUGGAUCUUACGCAUGCGCAUGUAAAGCAGGAUUCACAGGCGAUGGAAAAACAUGCUCUGGUAAGCUGUUGCCGUGUUGUAAAACACGCUUGCAAAACGAUGUGCGCGCCUGUAUUUUCUAACGGCGGACGUACAACCUAAAUGGUUCCAAAUAAUUAUUAAGUAAAACUAGAAAUAUGUAUCUGGCAAAAUUCCACUAAACUCGGUCUUGCACAAUUGUCAAGCCCAGCCGGUUAGAAACUGAUUAGGUGACCAGGCUCUAAUCUGUCGUUAGACCUGUGACUCCUUUCUCUCCUGUCUUCUUUUUUGUUUCAUUAUCCUAUUUAAUUUAUAAAUGCGUAUUUUAAAGCGUAUUUAGCAUUUUUUUGGCUAAACCUCAAAUCAAAGAUAGAUUUUGGGGACGUUCAAGGUUUUUUCCGUAAAACCCAAACUGAAACGCACGUCCAACAAACAUAUCUUAACGAAAUUGAUUUAUAGUAUGCCAAUUUAGCAAAAAGGGUACUUUGCUUUUAUAUUUAAUAAAAAUUCGCAUUGAAUCGUUAUGCAUUUCAGAAAGGAAAUUUACUCCCUCGAAUACUCCCUCUUACUAUAGCUCGUUCUGCUAUACAGCUAAGAGGAAGUCUCACCUAUAAGCUAUCUUGAGACGUCCUCGCCUUUUGAGAUUCUUUUCUUUCGAAUUGUGUUUAUUACGUGUAGUUUAAUGUUUCCCCCUCCGUUUAUAUGUAAAAAAGGCAAAAAAAUCGGAUUACCUAUAGUAGUUAAGCAGGGUUAACGCAUAAAGAAAAUGAGAGUAAAUGACCUUCCAGAGGUUGCUGCAUCACUAAACAAGAAGGCUUCCUCACUUUUUUCGCCAGAUGUCGACGAGUGCUCUACCAACUCUCACAGCUGUGACGUUAAUGCGGUGUGUAGUAAUACUGUUGGAUCUUACGCAUGCGCAUGUACAGCAGGAUUCACAGGGGAUGGAUUCACAUGCACUGGUGAACUGUUUCAGUUUAAUUUCGUUUGCAUGAUAUGUUCGGUUUUAGAUUGAACAGCAACAACAGCAAUGCAAGAGUCUUUUGUGCUCUUCUCGCUUUUUACAGUUAAAGUUUUGGUUUGGCAAGAGUUUAAAUUAAUUUUAGUACUGACUGUAUGUAGUAAACAAAUAGAAAAGCGGAGCCAAACAUCCAGUUGAUAUCAUUGGAUACGUGGAACGAUGAUUGUUCAAACCUGCGAUCAUUUUUUUAGGCGUAAUAGUAUACACUAAAAAAACUACUCAAUUCUGAUUGGCUGAGAAAGGAGUGGAGUUCUUCUGUUACACGAGUGCAAAUUUGUAACACGAGUGCAGAUUACAAAUGGUUUCUGAUUGGUUGAAAACAAAAAAGAAACCACCAAGAACCAAUCAGAUUAGAGCUGUUUUAACAACAAAAUUUAAGAAAAUGGUCAUUCACGAUGGUCAGAAAUGGGUGUUUUUCCUCCCACAUUGCUCAUUAGAGACACAUAGAUGAUUAUGAAAAAUUCCGAAUGAGACGAAACUUAGCAGGAACAUAGUAAAAGAAAGUCCACAUGUAUUGAUGGUAGUUCUAUACUUUUGAUUGACAGCAUGACGUCAUAAGUGACGUUGAAAUAUGGCGAUAAAAUUUGGAAUUAAUUAUUUGACUUAAAUAACUUUAUAAAUAAAAUCUAUUAACAAAACUGAGCGUUCUGGUGAAAACUCCACUUAAAUCCGUUAAAUUGUUGCAAAGUUAGAGCUAAUUAAAGAAAUUCAAAUUUCCCGCCAAAUGUAUGGAAUUAACCAUAUAUGGUCAAACGUUAGGGGUAUUUAAACUCCAGCUUAUUAAACGAAAUAGUAAGGAAACUAAGCGAACCAUGUAUAAAAGCAAAUUUGUAUUUUUUUGAAUUUGGGACAUGGGGUGUCAGGUUGCAUGUUACGUCACUUCAUACCAUGUUGACGUCAUAUUUACGUGUUGAUGAAGUCACAAGUGAAAAUACCUAUAGAGUCCCAAAUUCAAAAAACUAUAAAUUUUCUCCCGUGUGUUAUCCGCUAUUUUUCUUUUAACUUCCAUUUAUUGUCUUGAACUGGAAACCUCCCUAAAGUUUUACCAUAUAAGGUAAUAAAACAAUUAAAUUCUGUAAAUUCCGUCUUUUAUUGUGAGUCACAAAAUAGCUUGUAACUUUGUCCCGUUUUAAUGGAUUUUAACGGGGUUUUCACUGGAAAGCUUCACUCUGAUCACAGAACACCUCUAUGUGCUUUUUUCUGACGAUUUUCUUAAUUCUAAAUUUUGGCACCAAAUUUGGAAACCAUUUGUGACGUCACAAUGUCCAUCAAGACCGUCAAACUGUCACCAAAAAAUGUAGAAUUUCUCAGGCAACAAUCCUGCCAAGUUUCAUGCCACUUGGAAAAUUCGUCACGUCUCUGUGACCUAUGUGGGAGGAAAAACACCUAUUUCUGACCAUCGUGAUUGUUUUCAGCAAACAACGAUUUGAUUUCAUGUACGCAAAACAAUAAUAGAAAAGUUAAAAAAAAUAUCCAAAAACUCAAACAAGGGGAAAAAGAACGUCUUUCUGGCUAAAUGUAUUGAAAAUGUGGUGCUAAGAGAAAAACACUGUCGACAAAAUCGAGGAAAAUGAGCCUGAGAAACUAAACAAGCUCCUUAUAACAGAAUACGCUAAAGUGGAAAAUAAAGAACAAAAACGGUGGUAGCCACACGCAAGCCAUGACAGCUACACUUCUCAGGCAUUUAAAUGAAGAUGAUAACAUGAUAACAACAAGGACUUCAAGUCACGUCAUUCUUUGUUGGGGGAGAAAGGUGUCCAGUUGCUCUCUUUAAGUCUUUUGUAGAGCAAAGACCUCUAUUAAAACAUCUAUGCGAUGGUCUGUUUCUUUCUACCUCAGUAGCAAACUAAACCGAAAAUUUAAACAUCUGGUUCAAACUAAACCAAUGUGCGAAAAUACCAUAACUAACAUAAUGAAAGUAUCUGCAGCUGGUAGUACUAGCCUUAACGAAAGUGACAAAAAAGUUUACGAAUCAUAGUGCAAGGAAAACAACAGUCAGCAAACUGAAGAAAGCAAACCUUACAUAUUGUAAGUUCCGAAUAUAUCGCCACUGUCACAGGCCACAGAGGUAUAAAUUUCCUCAACGACUACGCUGAAGCCGACGAAGAAGGGCGACGAUGACUCGAUCUCUCUUGCAAUAUAUCCAAAUGAAUAAUAAAAACCCCAGCGCUGAGAAAAAGCAAAUGUUAUAUCUAAUACUGGCGGUAGUUUCCGGCAUCACAACAACUGUGGCUCCACUCACCCAUUGCUGGCAUCGUCGAAAGAAAACAAAUUUCCUCCUCCAUUUUCGGGUUUUAAUUCUCAAAAAUUAGGAUAGGGUCUUAGUCUCUUAGGAAAAGACUAUCGGAUAUGAUGAACAGAAGUUAAAAACUGAGCAAGUGUCUUUCAUCUUUGGCUGCUCGAAUUGUUCUCCUGAUUUCAAAACGGCAGUAUACUUAUGACUUGUAAACGCCAAGCUCUCAUAAUCGAGGAUAAAUUUAAAAACACUUGCUUUAAUUUGCUGAUUAUUCCGUGAACGGAAUGAAUCAUAGAAUGAAAAGAAUAUGACGUGAACUGCUUAAACUGCAAUAACCACUGCCACGAUCAUGUCGUUGUUAAUUUGCAAUUGAUUAAAUUGCAAUUACAGUCGAACCCCGCUAUUUCGAACUCGGUUUAUUCGAAGUCCCCGCCAUUUCGAAGGAAGAUCGGAUUCCCUUGGAUUUACCCUUAUGUUUUCAGUCAUUUACUAUCAGCUAUUUCGAACUCGGUUAUUUCGAAUUCCCCGCUAUUUCGAACUCAUCGUUCCUUCCCUACACCUUAAAUCAACCCCGUUAUUUCGAACUUGUCAAGAACGGAGUACGUACAUAAGAGCACAGCUGGAAACGUAUUGCAUUUUACUUGAAUUCGUGUUGCUCAAAACAAAAGAACAUUUAAAGAUUUUUCAAUGCAACAGCACCUGCUGAUUUAUCCGACAUAUAAUUACUGUAUUUUUAUUUAAUCAGUGUCUUUCUUCAUACUGUACUGUAUUUUAUUAAAAGAUGAUUCAUUGUUACGAAUUUUACGCUUCCCCGGUUAUCUCGAAACCCCACUAUUUCGAACUUUUUUCCAUUUCCACUAAGACUUCGAAAUAGCGGGGUCCAACUGUACCAUGCACUGCGAUGAUCAUAUAAUUAUAUCUUCAUUUAAAUUUGUAUUUCCGCAGUUCACAUCAUCUUAAGUUUAUUCUACGACAGAUCAAGUAUCUGUAAUUAUUAUAUAUGUAAUAAAAUUUAUCAUCAACGUAAUAUGACCAGUAAAUAUUAUCUGUUGAAAAUUACUGGCAAUUUGACUGGUGGGACAAUUUUUCUCACAAGUAAGAAUUAUCGUAUAACCAAUCACAGGCCGCAGACGAAAAUCUUCACUAAUAAAAACAUCGUAUCGGUUUUCCCGCCUUUCACUGUCCGCUUUCACUAAUAUAGUUACGUCCUCUUCGGGCACUUCAAGGAUCACUCGAGGAAUUUCCCGAAGGACAAAAAAGGAAAACACCAGAAAGAAAACUGAGCAGAAUAUGGCUCUAUUUAAGGAAUUUCUAAUGAUAAAAGGCGAGUCCAGUGUUAUUAGAAGAAAUUUCCGAGACGAAUUUAUCAUACAUUAGCGAAUGAGAAGACAACGAAGAUUAUAAGCUCAGUUCAUGGUAUGAUGUGAUUACCAGAUUUGAAAGGUAUUCGAAGAGAAAAAUCACGACAACAGCUUUAUAAAAGACGUCGAGUUUGAAAAAUCAGGAAUGGCCUUUUGGUCAAAACAAAACGGACAUGAAAGCGCAAGGCACAGUCAACAAGCGGUGUCACUUUUCUCGGGCGCUGUAAUUCAAGGAAUCCAAUUCAGAACUGAAUCAAUCAGCUUGAAUCAAUCCAUAAGUUAGCAGUCCAAGAAUCUUCUCCAAAGAGGCACAGACCAUUUAAAGUAUUAGAUUCUGACUCUGAUUAGUUGAAUUACAAAUCCAUAAACAUACGGCUUAAUUUAAGCUUUUUCCUUGAAACUUUGUACAUGUUUGUACUUGGUACGUUUUUACGGUUCUGAACGUGUUUAAACAUUCUCACUGAACGUUCAAACUUGUAGCAUUAUGUGAGAUAUACCUUUUAAAUAUCUAGUUUUUACUUUUUCUUGGAGUUAUCGAAAACAAAUUUAAACAUUUCAAAAACUGUUGAAUCCUACAAUGUUGAUUAAGUAGUAAAUAUAAUUAUCGCUCCGCAAUCUUUGUGUUUGUAGUGAUUUUAUCUCGCGAUUGAUAGUGUAAAAGUAAAACUUUGUUACAUCUAUCAGUACAAAUAAACUAAACAAAUUACUUCCUGUUUGGUUCCUUUGUACGAUCUUUAUUCACUGGUUUUGAAGAAUCACUUACUCGCCCGUAUCCCGCUCUUUCGUUUGUGAUUCUCCACAACUCGUGAAUAUCUAUUUCUUAUAUUUCGAGUAAUUUUAUGUUCUCAGAUGUCGACGAGUGUUCUACCAACGAUCAUAGCUGUGACGUCAACGCGGUCUGUGCCAAUACUGUGGGAUCGUACGCAUGCGCGUGUAAAGCAGGAUACACAGGAGAUGGGAGGACUUGCAAUGGUACCUUUGUUUGUUUCAAAAAUGAGUCAUUGUACAGCAAUUGCUAAGCCCUAAGCCGAGCUACAUAAAACCUACACUUAAGUAGUACUGUUUCAAAGAUCUUAAUGUCGAUUGAUUGAUAUUCUUGUGUAUCUUAGCAUUGAAAUUUGUUAUUGAGAGAGAUAUGCAAAGAACUCAUUUAAUGUUAGAAAUGAGUUAUAUGUAAAAAGAAGCUCAAGAGCCUGCAUAUACCUGGCCGUCGUGUGAAACAUGUCUCAAGUUUAUCUGGUUUUAAACCCACUAUCCUCCAUCUGUUUAUAUGCUGCAUCAAUCGCUGGACUUAGUUUCCAAUAAGCAUCUAAUAGCUUUUUUUAUGAAUGCCGAAAACUGAAUGUUUUUAAUGUUCUUCCGUUAUAAAAAUAAUGCUCUUAAAAAUAGACACAAUGCAUCUAAAUACUAAAAUCAACUCUUACAUGAAGCCUUGAAAACGUCAAAACCGUUUGAUACGGUCGUCACUUGAUUCCAUCCACCAAACUGACAUCCUCCUCUCACAAGACAUUUCACUUUUCUUAUAUGAAAUUUCUUGAUGAAAUGUUCAUAAAAGUCACAGUGUCUUCAAUUUUUAAGCAAAAAAACCAAUUCAGGAUAGAAUGAGUAGGAUCCGAACUCGGAGCAUCCGAUCUGGAGUGCAUCACUCUAACCCCUACACCACCAAGGAUUGGUGAGGAAUUCAUUUUUGAUUUAAAUAUAUAACCCUAACCCUAACCCUAACCCUAACCCUAACCCUAACCUAACCCUAACCCUAACCCUACUUUGUGUACGAAUCAUUAAUGUGUCAACGUCAGUUUGGCGGAUGGAAUUAAGUGUAGGCCGUUUGAUACAUCAGCGCCCUGAAUCUCCAUUCGCAGAUGUCGAUGAAUGCACCAGCGGUUUACACAGCUGUCACAAGUUCGCUUCAUGUACGAACACCAUUGGGUCCUACAGCUGUUCAUGUCAACAGCAUUUCAAUGGAGACGGUAAAAACUGCCAGCACCCUGUGAGCGGUGAGUAUAGUUUUCAUUGGUCUGGGUUAGUUUAAAAAGUUAAAAGAAAUUCAGUGAAAGGGGAGCCCACUUAAAGCGUUUUUGUUCCUCGCAUACUCCAUUAAAAACAAGGACAUUGGGUGUGGUUAUAGGGCGCAAAUUAACCCUUCACUGAGACGGGGGAGGGGGCAAAUAGCACAUAAGAGCUAUUCUAGACAUCAAAUUCCCUCAGGCACCCUUAAUUGUCUAUUUCCUUGCAACAUUCCUUCCAACGAUAUAAAUUUUUUUUCCAAAUCUCCCAGCCAGCAGAAAUUGGCCUGAAGAACAAAUAUUUUGAGGAACAGGUUUAUUGGGUGCCCCUGAUCAUGUAAAUCUCUCUGGGAUGGGACAAAGUUAAUUCGAUUCACAGAGUCUGCAUCGUCCAAUAUCGUAUUGUAUUCUCGUUUCAUUUGGCUAAACGAAUCAAUCGCCCUGAUCCGGGCUGAGACAGAAAUGUACGAUAUUGUCCGCUUUUCGGGAACGGGCUUUUAGGAGUCAAAUAAAUUGGGCGAGAGCAAAAUUCCAGGUGAACUUUGACCCGGGCCAAGACCUCGUUUAUUUCUGGUGUGAAAAGAGAGUCUAUGCUGAUGUUUUUUUUUUUUUUUUUUUUUUUUUUUUUUUUUUUUGAUGUUCUAUGAUGAUAUUUUGCUUGUAAUUUCCGGUCAUUAUUUCACUUCAUGUAUAUUUCUGUAAAUUCUUGAUAUCUCAAUAAACCUGAUGAAGACUGGUAUUGGCCAGUCGAAAUAUCGCAGCUUAACUCUAUUUCACGUUGUUUGAUCAGUCCUUGCAAAAGUCUUCUUGACUGUAACGUUUUCAAUUUUAUAUAUUUUGACUGAUCACGAUCUUAUUGGAUCCGACGUUGAGCAAGAUUGUUCGUACACGGCUUUUGCAGUGUUUUUUUCUUUUUUUUUUUUACCUUAGCUAAACAUUUUGCUUGUGUUGAACGUGAGACGAUUAUUCGUGGUUGUGGAUCAGAGGGUGCUAAUGGGGGUACCCAAUUCUCAGUUAACCACUAAUUUUUCAGCCAAAUAUCAGUUAACUAAUAUUUUUUGGGCCAAUUCUCAGUUAACUACUGAUUUCGGUUAGCUAUUAACUUUCACUUUCCUACAGCGAAUAUUAUUCCGUCAUAACCCGAAUUUUCUAAAAUCAAGCUAUAUUUUUACAUGAAUUUACAUAAACUCCGCCACUACUACAAUUUAUAAGUAACUAAAAAUAUAGAAAAGAGCAUACAAUUAUCUAACCGAAGUAGUAAAAAUGGGUCAGCAAUAGCUAUUAAGACCCCUAUUAAAAAUAGAUUAAGUCGUAUAGCCAUCAAUAUGACACCAGCCUCAUAGAUCGAGACGCACCAGUCAUGAUCUCGUACUGAUCUUCCCGACCUGGUCAUGCAUGUCCUCCCAUAAACUACUUCAAAAUUACCUUCUUUGUCACUUUCGUUAUCUGAAACAAUCUCUUGUACUUAUCCGGUUGCUGUAUGCCCUGUGUCUUGUUGGGUCCUUGUUGCUGGCCUAAGUUUCAAUCCAUUUUCAAUCCUUCAAUCCAUUGCAACAGACGACGGGAAAAAAUCAAUGCCAAAAUAUACUCUUAAAUAACGAAACUGGCAGGACCAUUAUUUUUGGAAUUCAGUUGAUGAAAAAAAAAAGUUUUAGCUUUUUAAAAAGAUAGCACAUAGCAUGACAUAGUACCGUGACGCUGGUGGUAAAAAUCCUACUUUAGUUAUCUUGAGUUGGUUCGCUUCUUAUGAUUCGUUGUCAAACAGGGCGAAAGUUCUCUAUCCAGUCCCUUAUCACAACUUUAGCUUCUUUUGGUACUGUUUGCACCGAUGGGAGAGACAUAGUUGACAGUGCUGACAGAGGCAUAAAAGUAUUUAACAAGGGACAAUUCGAUUUUUCUUGACUGCAGUCCUUCGAAUUUGUAGUUCUUUUGAAGCGAUUCCUUCAUUGUGGUUCCAAAGUCUUGGGCGUAGUUUAAAGCACUAAAUGUUUUGUGUUGAAGUGAGAAACCGCGUGUAGGUUUUCCACCUGUGUUGUCAAAAGUUUUUUGUACCUCGAUACAGACUUUGUCGACAUUCUCUUUCGCGUCCCUGUGUUACCUUUUUUCACAGACGUACCUUUUUCGCGCGUAUUUCAAAAGCGUCAUAAAGAUAUCCAAGGGUUUUAAUAAAUGAACCUGUUUCAGAAAGAUAGGUUUAAACACGAUCUUAAUAGUCUCGAUAGUUAGAACUGCAACAUCAGUUACAACAAUGAUUUGUCGUAAAUACAAAUCACAUGUACUUUAAAGAAAGAUGUUGAUUUCUUUGCGCCAUCAAAAGAUCUAAUGCUUAGAGUUGGCUUUUUUCUUUGGGUGCGGUAAUGUUUAACUUGACGAUCUUUUUGGUCCGUGAAAACAGUUCUUUCCUUUUACGAACACAAUAAUCUUGUUCGUUGAGUUGUCUACAACCAGCUGCUCUAUGACUGACGCUUUCUGUUUGCCGGGUACUGCCCUGGUGCCUUUUGCGCAUACUAGUAUGCGUUUAACACUGGUCAAAAAGUGUUGGGGGAAGCGGAGCAUUUGGAAAUGUGGUUGAUAAAAAACACAUGGCCCACCCCCUCCCUUCGGUGCAAAAAUGACUACCCACCCCUAAAGCAAGGUUGGAAAUUCCAUGACCCACCCCCUUGUUAAUACAUGGAUGUUUGGUUUCCUCUUAGGGACGGACCAUUAGAAAAGUGAUGGGGGGGGGUGGGGAAUUUUCAACUUGCACGAAUUUUUUUUUCACUCACUGCUAGUGCAGGAAUUUUUUUUUUCAUGUGAACCCCUCUGCACGAAUUUUUUUUUUUUCAGACAAAUAUUUGAACAGUGAAAUCUUGAUUCAUUAUCUAUAUUUUUGUGCUUUAUAAAUUAUUCUACACUCACAACAGAUCAAAGGAUACAGGCCACUUUAAUGCAAAAUCUUUUCGAAAAUGUACACACAGUGAGAGAGGAGGAAGCCACUUGGAGUGGAGGGCUUCCCUGUGCAUUUUUUCAGUCCGUGCCCACUGGAAUUCCUCUCCCACAGUCCAUCACAAUGAUGCCGUACUCCAUUCAACAAUGAAAACCAUACUUUGUGUUUCUUAACUUUUGUUAAAAGUACCGGUGGCAGUGUUGCUGUUUAUGUCGUGGACAGUUAAAGUUUUAACACUUAGGGACUGUGCAAUAAUUAUCAGGAGAGGGGGGGGGGGGGCUGAAAAACUAGAGUUAUCUAGCAAAAACUUAGACAGUACCCCCUCCAAAACAAAAAAAAGUAGUUCUAACUCCCCUCUGUUAUGUUAAAAAUAACGUCGCACCUCCCCUCCCACCACCCACCCACCCACACACACACACCCACACCUCACCGCCACCCUUACCACAGAUGUCUUUAAGUAAAUACCCUUUAUAUUGUCAUGCGACUGUAAGCGUACGUCGUCUGGAAACACUGGUAAACUCAAAACUGGACUGAGCUGCCAUUACAGCUUCAAUAAUGACAAACGUUAUUAUGUAACAUCUAGUAUCGAGAAGGAUGUCGAUCGCUUGAUUGAACAUUUAGACAAAGCAUUUGCUAAGUACCGGGGUGCUUACCACAUUGGCUCAAAAUCUAAAACUUCUGAAGCCAGAAAGAGAAAGGAGCAGAGAAAAAAAAUCAAAGAACAGGAGAUUGAACGCUUCAAAUAACAGACGAAAAAGAGCUUGCAUUAUAUUUAGAUCCUUGGGAGGAGAGCCUGUUGAACUUUGUUAUGAGCCAGAUAUAUAUGGAAUUCAGCAAAUCGAUUCAGUCGAUGAAGAAACAUUACUUUUAUUCACAUCAAAAACCGACAAAGCUUGUCUACGAGAUCUGUUUGAUUCCCAUUGUUUUACGGGGGAAGCUGAAAAACAAGUUCACGAUUUUUGCUUUACAUAGAAUCAGCUCAAUUAAGAGCAAUUGUCUGUAAGAUCCAAACUAUAUUGAAAAGUCGCUGCCACGCUAUCUCACCGAAUUGGCUGAAAAUUAGCAUGUAAAGUUGGUUUUGGGUCUUAAAUAAGAAAUGAAUAUUUUUAGGUUCUAAAUCUUCUUACUUUGAAAAUUACCAACAUGACCGUUUUGGGGAACCUUCGGCCCCGCGCCAUAUUGGUUAAAUCGAAGGAGGUUUUACGAAUCCAACUACAAGCCUGUCUUUAAGGCGAUUCUAUCACUGAUGAGAUACAUGUCAAAAACUAUCCUUCCUUAUUAUAAUUUUGAAGUUUACUCCGUACAUAGCAGAGUUUUCGCCAAGACUGGCUCAACUUUCGGUCGUGCACACUUUUUGCAUAAUUUAUGCUCUCAAAAUUACCAACAAUCCAAAGGCGUAUAUCUCCCUUGCCACACAGGAUUGAAACUUGCUGCUUUGCCUAAAUGCUGACUGUUUGUAGCCAAAUCGAAUUCGUUAAUAAAAAAAUUGGGUAAAUGCAACGCGACGGAAAGAAAUUUAUUAAAUGGGCAGCAUGUUCUAGUCGCUUUGCUAAUUAAAUUACACACAAAUGCUCACUGAUGUUGCCAAAAAUAGUGAUAAAUAAAAGAAUUUCAGUCCGAAUCUGAGUAAAAAGUAGAUCAAAAAUGGCCUCUUUAAUGGCAGUGUCAGAAACACUGCAAAAAGGCGGAUUUUGUUAGCGGAAUGGUAAACUAUAAAUAUAAAUGUGUUGCUUGUGCAUUUACGGGUACCGUCCCCACGUGGGAAGUAAAUCGUAAUUUUCCCAAAACUAAAACUUUUGAAAGAUAUCACAAAGGAGAAAAAUUGAAACAAAAUAUAUAAAGAUGUACAAUUUCCGCAUUCAGAGAUAUCUCAAAACGGCAUUUUCUCUGCGAAACGUCGGUAGUCACGUUCAAAUGAGUUUUGCAUGGCGUUAAACUCCUGCUUUCGAGCAGCCGGAACAACAACACCUAACAACAACUGCUCGCAAUUAUCAUGCUCAAAUCAAAACCAGAUAAUUAGUUUUUGAAGAUACUAAAGCUAAAUAAAACCACUUACCUUGUGGUGUGAGAUGGGAAUCAACUUUCCUUUAACUCUACACUUCCUUUCCUAUAUUCUUGACGCUCCCGCUCCAAGAAAUGAGCAUCACUAUUCGGGGUCUGAAAUGAACAUCACUAUUUCCGGUUUUCACACAUUGGGCGUGGCAAAGGUACAAUUCUUUUGAUCGUUCAACCCAAAUCGUGGCUCGAAGUUUCUUAUGAAAAUGUAUGGAUGGUAGCCUCAUUCCUAACAAGUGGUUACUGCCAUUACUUUCUAAUUUUUCACCCUGAAAUAGUCUGUUCCAGGCGUUCAGAUUAGACGGACGACACAGAGAUGUAAGGACAAAAAUCAGCCAAGGGCGCCCCUUUCACUGAACGCCUGGACCUUGCUACACACCUAAAGCUAAAGCUAUGUUCACACUAGAUACCUUUUGCGCCGACAUGAUAAAAAUAUGGAUAGGAAUUUUGCUCACGCAUUAGAACGGUGGUUUCAGCGCGAUUUCUGUAACGGAGCGAAGCGCUUUGCUGCGCCAAAUUAUAAAGUGGAGUGUCACAUAUCGGAUAGGUAUUCAUACUUUUCCAGAGUUUUCAGCUUUUCGCGUCCGGUGAAGAGAUACUCGUUAUAGUGUGAACAUAAAUAGCCUAAGAAAAGCACAGACAAGACAGCACGAACCGAUUCUCGGCAGGGCCUUCUCACCAGUCUCCCCUCAACUAACCUUUUUUUUUUUCGCUUUUUUCCUCGCGAGAUUAAGGAUUAUUAAAAAUGGAUUCAAGGUAGCCUAUGGGGGCUCUGGUUUAAAGUGCUGGCUUUCAUUCAUUCAAAGAAUGAAUCAAUAAUCGUUCAUAUUCCUAGGUUCAAAAAGUUAAAAAUUUUUGAAUAACUUUUCGAAGGGUUUUAAUGUAUGAAAAUUGAGGGAGGGGGUGUUAAACAUUUCGGGAAAAUUGGAAAAUACUGGAUUUGAGGGUUGUUGAGAUAUGAAGUGAAUAAUAAGAAGACAAAUGCCAGAUAGCCCACCACUACAACAAGGUGCCUCUGAGCCUAUUAGAGAACUAACUUGCAAAUGUAUAUACCUUUAUCACCCCCUACCCCCCCCCCCCCGAAAAAAAAAAAAAAAAAAAAAACAGGAGUACUCCCUUAAGUUCAAACUUAUUGUAACCUCAUUGUACAACUUACAUGUAAAGGGACUGCUAUGCUUUGACUUAAUCACAUUUGUGGAGAUUUGAUACAAUUUGUCAUUCAAGAGGACCAACACAAGCAAUUCUUAACUAAUUUGGUCAAAGCAUCUACAGAGGGGGCUUUCUUCCGUUCCUCAGGAAGAUUCAGCUCAAAAGCGCUACAGAUUUCCUUCAGCUUCGGUAAUGUGAGUUUCUUUAGUUUCCCUGAAGCUACAAGAUCACACAAGGGCAACCUCUUUACGUACUUCUAAAGCUUCACACAUGUCGUUAGAGUCCUUUACGUUUAGCCACAGUUCACAGGGACAAUUUGGUGACAGUACUCGCAAAACAGCAACCAUAACUUGGCAUGCUUCAGCUAUGUUUCUUCUUCUUGUUCUUUCUGCUGCUGCUGGUGAUCCCAUGUCUACCUUACGAACUGGAGCUAAGCCAGAACUUUUAAGAAAUUCGUUCAACUGAGUUUUUCUAAAUUCUACCACAUGCGAUCUGAUCGCAUCUGCAACUAGACUUACUCUUUCUUUUUCGACUUUUUGUAACUUUCUUCUCUCAGCUUCUAUGGGUGAAAGAACCUGCAAAUUUAAUUAAUAAGUUGUUUUAGUUUUAAAAAUUUUAAUCAUUGGUAACCAGGGGAGAAAGGCUAAAAUUUUCUCAAUUUUCAACUCGUUAAAGUCAGUUGCUUUUCAAAUUGGUAAGAUGUAGCUCGUAUAGAAACAGAUACCGAAAAAACAAAUGUAGCUUACCAGGGAGUUGCCUUUAUAUCCACAAUCGGUCCCACUAGUGUCUCCACAACAAACAUCAUUAUCACCACUAUUUCAGCCACUAUCACCAUUAUCAUCCCGACCACUAACAGUGUCAUUUGGAGCGGCUAGAGUGCAAACAUAAUCACAGCCGUCAUCUUCCUGAUUAUUAAUAUCAACGCUAACGUCUCUCUCAUCACAAACGUUAUUGCAACCAAAAUCAUCAUCACUACACGAACAAUCGUUGCUACCACUAUCACCAACGCCACCGGGCACUUGAACUUUGCAGAUGUCAUCGCCUUUACUACAACUAUAAAGGCUACCCUCAAUGCUAUUGCAAUCCCCAUGGAAUUUAGAAAGAUCCCUAACGCCGUCAUCAACAUUAGCAUCACUAUAAAUUCCUUCACAUUCCUUUCUAUCACAAUCGUCGAUGCUUAAAUCAGAGCACUGUUUCGUUGCAUGCAAAAUGCUUGUUCUCUCUUGGACUUUUUUUGUAGAACUGUCUACUUCACAAUUUGUUAGUUUUUCUUCUUGACAGAUUUUUUUUUACUUUGUCUCUGCACUGUCGACAAAUAGCUAAGAAAAAGAAACAAAAAGCAAAUAUCAAAAUAGGCAAAUAUAAGCCAGAAUUAAACACUUGAUCCAAACGUAAUAAACGAUAACGAAAUAACUGCUCGUAUCAUAAUCCUCAGAAUUCAUGUAAUUGGUGUUCGUUGGCCGCGAAAGGUAGAAAAGAGUAGAAGUAACGUACGUAGAUGACUGAAGAGGAAUCGAACGACAGCGAAACGUAGCAAAGAAAGGACGAUUGCUCUAAAGUACCAGACCCUUGGAUCGACUUCAUGACUUAACAAGAUGUUAGAACAGUUACUAAAGCCAGCUAGUAUUUCAAUGAAGAGGCCAGUUUUAUCACAGAAAUGUAGCUUUAAUCACUGAAUAAAGGUGGGUGCCGUUGACGAUCGUAAUGAUCGUAGCGAACUUAAAGUAGUAACUUAGCGUACUUAAAGUAUCGUUGACUGGGAAUUUUACUUAUAUUUAGUGAUACUUACGUACUCCGAUUUGUACUAGUACCCCCAAAACACUGAAUAUCGAUUCUGCUUGUAAAAAGGUGACUCCUCGGUCACCUUUUGGAGGUGGUAUACCGGUGUGACCGCUUAUGACGCUGGGAAUAACACAUCGUCUUUUGUUGCACUUCCACCGAGUUCCAUACACAUCGCGAUGCCGGGGACAGAUUGUUAUUUUCUCAGCUUCUACCUUUGAGGAAAACAAACCUACAAAAUAUAGUAAAAAGAAUAUAUAAAUAUAUUAACCCACGGAAUCCGUCGGUAAAGAUUAGGUUGUUCAAAAUGGUUUUGCAGAUUACUUUUGCAAAUUAGAACGAGAAAUGCUGAUCUGCUGGCGUGCUCUCGGAAAGAUUUUUUUGGUUGCCCUCCACCCCUUCCCCCGCCUCCGCCUUCUUCCACCCAAUUAUUCUUUUUUUCUUACGCUCAAACUUACUGGCUAGGUAUGGGUACUACUAUACUUUAGGUUGCGUAGUGCCUAGCGCAAACAUUGUAUACCAGGAAUAAGAAUCGCAACAAAUCCGUCCAUACUAAACCGUAGUGUCGCAUGGGAGGUACCGGGCAGCCAAAGAGCACCCAAGGCUCUCCAGUCCGGAAUAACAUUUUUGCCGCUGUGCGCCGAUUUUAAAAAGAUCAGAACAUAAGUCACGUGGCGUUUACCAGAAGAAACUCGUAAAAGUUAGCCUCUAAAUAUUCCGUAAGACUUGUAAAAUCAUUUCUUUUUGACAACAGCUACUCCUGGAAAGGUGUGAUUUUCCCGCCUAGAAUGUUCGCGCCAAAUUCCGCUCGCCCCAGGCUAGCUCGACACGUGGCAAUUUUGUGCUAACAUUUUUCAGUACUGUACUUAACUAUAUCAAAAUAAAAUAUUCAUUCCUUACCUGCUCGCCCCAAAAGUAACUGUAUCUCGUCCUUUAGAUUUUUAUCCACCACUUUCAGUCCUCUUAAAUGGGGUUUGAUGUUUCUGGAACACUGCUUUAACGUCAAGCACUCGCUUGAUGCAAUAGUUACUCCACAAGCCACCCCGUUAACAAAUUUAGCAUACCCACAUCUGACCAUAUUUCUGUUAAGGAAUAAACUUGAUUAAACAUACAUUUCACUUGGCUUGUAGUUAAUCUCACACCGUUAAUGAAAACCCCCGUAAGUGAAAUUUCACCGUAACCAGUGGCAGCACUCCCUCGUUGAAAAAAGAUGACUUGUGAUUUUCUGGAAUUCCAGGUUGAUGUAAAAUAACCGGAUUUGUCGAAAAUUAAGGUAAAUUGAAUGUCAUUGUUAGAGAAAAAAACAAUAAUUUACCUUCUUUCCAAACUGAAAGCACGGGAAGAACUGACAGCCCAUGAAGACGUUGAAAUCUGAUAAAGGAUGUUCAUUCCUGCUUGCGUUCCAGCGUGCAUUUCUUUCUCCCAAGAUAUUAUUGUUUCGUCGUGCGCAAUAACUUACGGACUUUCAUACAGUGCUGAUGUUACCAUCACGUAAGUUGACUUAACAAGCUGUUUUUUUUUUUUUUUAAUCUCAUACCUCUUAGCAGAAUCCUUUUCACUGAUUACGCUUUAAGUCCAGUGGCGGGAAAAAUAUACUAGAAGGGGCUUAGAAAAUUGUUCCUCGUACCGAACACUGUGCAGGAAUUUGCAUAAAGCUGUAUUUAUACAUUGUUGAGUCUAGUUAGCGUUUGCUAAAAUUUUGUAAAGGUUGUGUUACCUUUAUUUGCAGACGAAAUUGGUUGUUAUAUGUAUUUGACUACAAACAGUAUGAUAUAGCGGGAAAUAAUGUUGAACUAGUGCGGACAUGAUGUGACCAAUUGAAGCAUGACAUGACUGCGUGUGAGUGAAUCAAACGUGUGUAAUAUUUAUAUUCGCAAAAUACAGACGCAAAAUCGGGAAAGACUCACCAUUCUUUUCCAUAAAAAGUGAAGUGUUAUUUAGCGUUAGAUAAUAACCUGGACGAGGUAAAAUUCAUUAAAGAAGUUUUCGAGCAAGAUUCACCGAUUUGCUUUGUAAAUGUCACUGACGGCAAACUCGGGCAAUAGCCGGGCAGAAGUCAUUGCACAUUGAUGUUAACAUAUUUCUUCUCCAUGGCAUUUGCCCAAUUUUUUAUUCAUCGGUCUAACUUGCCUAUAAACAAACUCCAUUCAGGUAAAGUGGUUUGUUCUAAUUCGAUGUGGCAUGGGUGAUAUAUAAUUUUCAAUUUCUACUAAAUUUGUCUGCAUUCCGAGUACCGAAAAUAUGUAGUAAGACAAUUCAACCGUUCCAACUCAUGCUGAACCGUUUUCAAUUAAAUGUACGUAAAUACAAAGUUAAAGGAUAGUUCUUUUUAGCUGUACGAGAAAUGGACAAUUUAUUUCUAUGCCAAGGCCGAAAUAAAUGUUUUAAGAACUCCCUAAAUCGGCCAAUAUGGCGGCCCUCCGAAAGCCCCGUCAAACCGUCAUUUCUGUAUCUUCCAGAGGAAAGAGAAUUCAAACCAAAGAAUAUGCAUUCAGUAUUUAGGGGACCAUUCUAAGACUUCAUGCCAAAAAUCAGCCAAAUCUAUGAGAUGCCGUGUCAGGCGAAAGUUCGAAUCUUACAGAAAAUCAUUCUUAAUUAGAAGACGGGUUAAAAUUGAUCAGUUGUGAAUUUGCUUUUUAUUUUGAUGGAAUAGUUUCAGUAAUCCUUUAACAGCUGUUCGUACUGAUAUUUGUUACAGUCUAUCAUGAUGCCUGUAUUGAGAAUCUUUUAUUGCGUUUAAUUUUAUUUACAUUUCGAAUGAGUGAUUUUACUUUGAGCCCCCCCCCUCCUGAUAAUUAUUGCACAGUCCCUUACUACUACGUGAGAAUGCACUUCUUCAUUGUAUUAUAGAAUUCUUAUUCAAGGCGGUAAGACCCAUCCUCUACAAAUAAUUUUAUAGAAUAUUUACAAAGCUACCAAAUUCUAAUAUCUAUUUAUUACAAAUUUUAUUUUAUUAUUUUUAUUAUAAUACAGUAUACAGUGUAUGUUGUAGGUACACUAGCUGCAAUUUAAAACAAAAACAAGGCUCUAAUUGUCUCCUUUCAAUAAGAGGAAAGUGAUUUUUGUUUAUUCAUAUUGUGCCUGGUAAUAUUGUUGAUUUCUGAAACUCAGACUUUAUGAAAAAGUCACAAUUGGACCUUCCUUCUGCAUGAAUUUUUUUUUCUUUACCUUCUUCUUUGCAUGAAUUUUUUUUCUUGGCAUUUUCCUUUGCAUGAAUUUUUUUUUGUUUUUUUUUUCCCCCCCCCCAUCACUUUUCUAAUGGUCCGUCCCUCAAUAAAACCUUGUUCUGUGUUUGACAAUAAAAUUUGUUGAUACACUUCUACAACCAAUAUCAAAAUCACAGAAAUCAUACCUUUCACUGAAAAGACAAAUGUGAAACACCGAACAUUUCUUGUUUCGAUGGACGUUAUAUGAGUCUUGAUCGAGUCUUGACACAAAUAUACAGAAAAACGAGGGUAUAUUGAAAUUGUCUGUCACAAAGCAUAUGAAAAUUUCUACAAAGACAACUCAUUCCCACACGUUACUUGUCGAAAAUGCUAGGUUAAUCCUCGAAGAAAAUUUCUUCCACUUCAAAGGAAAGCACUACUUACAAAACAAUGGAACUGCAAUGGGCACAAAGACAGCAGUUUUGAUUCCUUUGCCAAUAUUUUCAUGACAUAUAUUGAAACAACAACUCUAAGCAAACCUGUCUUUAGAACAACAGUUUGGAAGUGCUACAUACACGAUAUCUUUUCCCUAUGGGACAUGAGUAAACCAGACAUCAAAGCCUUCAUUGAAGAAGGAAACUUACAUCAUCCAACCAUUGAAUUCGAAACAUUUGACACUGAUCAUGAGACUGCGUUUUUAGACACGGUUGUAUACAAAGGCACCAGAUUCAAGGAAAAAUCUAUCCUUGAUGCAAAGACACAUUUUAAACAGACGGAAACCUUCUUGCACACACAUUUCACCUCGUGUAACCCUCCAAAUGUUAAAAAAAGGAUUUGUCAAAGGAGAAGCCUUGAGAGUCCUAUGAAAAGACUCCUCAGAAACAACCUUUUAGGAAAAUAAUUCAAAUUAAAGAAAGAAAAAAAACGCUUGAUGGGCGGAGGCUACCAACAAUCUUUGAUAGAAAACCUACUAUCAGAAAUAAAAUUCACAAAAGGGAGUCUAAGCUCCUAAAAAGAAACAACAAGGAGAAAAAAGAAAUAUUGCCAUUCGUGACACAAUACCAGCCCUCCAGUCUUCAGUAUGAGGAAAAAUACGAGUUAAAAUGACUGGAAGAUCUAAUGUGAAUACUAUAAAUAAACAUAUUAAAAUACUAAAAAACUUAUUCACCAAAAUGUCGAAGUUUUUUAACUGAGAAAUCACCAGACUAAUCCAAUUUCACUACUGUUUAUUCAUCGAUCCAAGAAUAAGUUGGUGAAGUGAUUCUUACGUGUACCAGUCUGCCUCAAUUACCGGUUUGCAAUUCCGCAAAACUUAGUUUAUAUCAAACUCCCAUUAUGUCGCGUCGCAUCGCAGCUAGAUGUAGUGACACUCUCUUCGAACGUUUUCCUUCUUGCACGAUUCAGAAUAACUGUGGAAAUUUCUUUUAUUUGGAUAGCCGUUUUGCGAAGGCAGGUAGACGCUUAGGGCCUGUUUACAUGGAGGUGGGGGUCCCCAUGUUAGUGAGGUGACCCGCUUAGAUAGGGUAACCCGCCUGUCCAUACAAUCUCUCAUAUGGUCACCGCCACUUAUUAUGUAAACUUGACCAAAUUAAAAUGAGAGAUAAUAUGGACAGGCGGGUUACCCACCUACACGUGAACAGGUCUUUAAACUGUGUACUUGAGGUUGUACAAUGUAUUUACAUAAUUAUAUCUGACCAACCUUUGUUAUUUUGGCUUUUUUUGUUUUCCCAUUUUAUUAUUAUUAUUUUUUUUUAGUUAAAAAGAGAAAACCGUUAUUUAGCAAUCCUAUUGAAGUGAACUAUUUACUAACAGUAUGUAAAUAGUUCAUCAGCCUACCCCAUCAAAUGGCUUUUCAGCUAACUUUACAAUUACAAUUUGAUACUAAAAGCAUAAUUAUCUAUUUAACAAUAUGUGAAAUUUAUUGGGAAAAAAAAAUGAAAUGAGGAAAUGACGCUUCUUCACUUCAGCCUUAGGCUGCUCGACAUUCUCUAUAUUACCUAAAGAUUCUGCAAAGUCAUUCCAGAGGCGGACUGCUCAUGGCCGCUGACCGGCAGUGAAUCUAAAGGAAGGCAGGCCUCUCUUGUUUCUGUUUCCGAUAUUACGAGAGUGCGCAUCAACCAUUUUCUUAAACCUGUUACAGAUAAGGGGCGAGGCAAGUCCCUUAACAUGUGUUAAAUAAACUCGAAUUUUUUAAGGCCUGUCAAAAAAACCAAGGCACGCGUUUUAUCACUGGUUAAAAAAUCUUGCGCUUAUUACGCUCGAAUGUUAAACCAGUGAUAAAACACUGCUGUUCGUGUUUUAAACAUUACUAAACACGGAACGCUUUCAGACUACAAAACGAUUGUUUUCUCUUUUCCUACAUUGAGAUACGUACAUUACCCUAGAAUUAAACACCAAAAACCAUUCACCACCAUAUGACAAUCAACUUGAACGAAAUGGAAUAAGAGUGAUAAAAAUUAAUUUGAAACAGCGUGAAUACACUUUUUUGUGGCGUUUUCGCUCCAUGCCGUCGCAGUCGUGGUUGCCUAAUAUACUCCUUAUAUGGAAAGAGACAGUGACUGAUAGGGAGAUCGGGUGUUCCAAAUAUGGAGAAUAUGGACUCUACGCCUCCGACUGAGUUUAAUAAACUCUGGAGGGGCUAAACUGUAACGUCACUGAAAUUCGCAGUAGACUGCGAGAUUAAAACCGCACCAUUUGAAGAGAGAGUACCAUGCCACUAGCGCGCAAGCUCAGAGAGAAAAAAAUAUUUAUAGGCGUUUGUUAUUUUACGCUUUUCAGCCUGAUCAUUAUGAUAACAAGCUUCAAGCGUAUCUGACACUUGCGCGAGCUUGUUUUUAUAAAGGGUAUAUCUCCAGGAAGUCUAGUUAAGUCUAGGGGUGCUUACCAUUUGACAGAAAAAUCCGGUUGGGGUGUCGAAAGCAUAAUGGUAAGCGAUUUGCCAGUAUACCAUAGAAAUGCCUCAUCCGUUAAGGUUUAAAUCCAAAAAAAGGGCGAAUUUGUGUCGCGUGAGUCUCGAACCGAGAAGGAACCGAGAAAUUAGUUAAUGGUAAGCAACAUUCCAUUUAGUUCGUACCAACCGGAAUGAAAGGACUACAUCAAAACGUACUCCUCAAUUUUCGGUUGGAAUUUUCGAAAAGUGACCUUACCAUUUACCUUCCAUCCGGAAUUUCCCAAAUUUUCCGUCAAAUGGUUAGCACCCUAGUUCGCUGCUUUCCGUUAUGUGCUCUAUGAGAUCCCUUGACACACACGGAUCCGUGCAGAAGAAGAAAUGAAAUUGCAUGAAACUGCAGGUAAUGAAAAUAUCAAACAGGAACAGUUCAGACUUCCUUUUGAGUUCAUGGGCAUCCUAACUCAGGGGAUUUUGAAACUCGACCUUGGUACCAAAGUUCCAAGGCAACCUCAUAACAGUUACAAAGGUAUAAAGUAAAAGUCUCUUAUUACCGACACUACAACGUUUUUAUAAUCUCUAUUUUUUUACAAUCUGACUGAGUUAAUUCUCGUGCGCUCAUUGGCUAAUUUAUAUCGACAAUAAGAGGACAGACGUAAAAUUUUAAUUUCCGCAAGACGAAACACCGUAUAUAACGGAGAGUUUCUAAAAUUUACCUGCUUAAUACGGACAGCGUUUAAUAUGGACAAAGGACACAUUUUUGUAUCCCGAGGCACAAACUCGCAUACAUUGUUAACCCCUGCUAUUUACAGACACUGUUUAUCUGCGCGCUGUCUAUUUUCCUUGUAACAAUCACGUGCUAAGAUUGUACGUUGUUCAGACAAUGACAGAUUUCAUUGGGUUACAAACACAGUGGGAUCUUUUAGCUGUUCAUGUAAUAUAUCAAACAUGAGAUGCAGUGUUCCAUCACCAGAUGAAACACCGAGAAGAGAGUUGAAAAUACGACGCGCAGCGGAGUAUUUUUGACGAACUUCGAGGUGUUUCAUCUGGUGAUGAAACACUGUUCGAAUGUUUGAUAUUUCUUCUCAAACAAAAUCAUUUUUGAAGGAGAAAUUAAGGAUGCAAAUACUAAGCAGUGUUUCAUCCGAUUUCCAAACACUCAUUAAACAUUAAUUUCCUUUGUAUUUUCUUAAUGAAUUAUUAAUGAGUUUGAGAAGUAACAAUCCUUACACUGGAAAUGGCUGAACUUGCAAUCUACCAUCAAGUAAUCAACUCGCCGAAUGUUAGGAAGAUGUCCAUUUACUAGACCUCUAGUAUCCCGGCGUAGGGAUCGUCGUUACGUCCGGUAGGUUUGUCCUAAUACUCAUUUCGUGACCUACGUGACUAAACAAGCCUUCAACAAAUGUUUGAGCCUCUCACUCUAUCUGGAUUUUGUCUUGCAACCUCUUAUGUUAGGGAAUAUUUGAAGACCGACAGCGGUCUAGCGAUUAACGGACUAUGAUUCUUAUAGACAUCACUUCUUUUGACUGCGAGAGCUUUAAGAUAAUGGUAGUUUCUUGGUGUUGCGGAGACGAAAACUUAGUAAACAAUUCGUACAACACAAAACAAAAGCGAACUAACAUUAAUUAGUUUCUGCAACACCAAGGAACAAUGCACCCAAGAUAACAUAUACUAGAGAGUUCAGUACUCCAUAGAAAAGUGUAAGAAAACGAUUUUUAGUCGCCACCUGAGCAAGUAAGAGGAACUGAAACGUUGCGACAAGGAACCCAUUAGUUGCCACAUACUGAUCAAAUGGACUCAUGAUCAGAAGCCAACUUAAAACCUUGAGCAUCAUCAAAGGGUUCUAGGUCCAAUUUUUUACAAGAGAUAAAGAAGCUUCACAAUAAGAAACAUAUGAAAACGGAGCGCUGUAAAUCCGUUGCACAAGGCGAAUAGUACUGGUGUGCUACAUACUUGAAAGGUUUAACUAGCAGAAAUCACUUUGUCGUUAGACCCUUCUCUCUAAAAUGUGCGCCAGCACAAGCUUGUGCCAGUUUCAAUCAAGUUAUCAUUCAACUUUGCCUCUAUACUUAUCAGUUUGGGGUUUCGUAACUAAACCGACGCAACGAAGUGAAAUAAUCUUGUUUCUUCUCUAUUAUUAUUUAUUCAAAAUAUUUCACCGUUUCUGAUUGUCUCCAUUCCCAUCGCUAAAUCCUCACAACCAGCACACGGUUACUAUAUUUGGAAGCCGAUGUAGGCAGUACCCAAUCGAUGGCAUGCUCCUCCUCGAUCUGCAUUAUUCUUCGCAUCUUACUCAGACUCAUUCAAUAAAUGUUAAAUAUAUGAAAUAUUUGUGACUCAAGAAGGUUCUCAAUAGAAGAGGAAAACUAUGAACUCGUUUCCGCCAUGUUAAGGCGGGGAGUCGAAAAAUCACCCACAUUGAUCACGUGGAGCGAACCAUUACAUUAUUCACGAUAUAUGCACUAUUACUUUCAAUCCGGAGAAUUGAUUUCUCUAAUUUUGCCGAUCAACUGCGAAUGCGGUCAACUUUAAUCAUGGAGACCCAACUGUUGUCUAACGAAAAGUUCAGAAAUAAAGAGUCUCAGAGAAUGUUUCCCUAAAUCUUAAUUUACUAGUUAGUAUCUUUUUAUCGUUGUUAAUAUCUUUUUCUUUUAGCAUCUUGUGUUUGGAUUUUAUUUUUGUUCAUUCACGGUCACGUUUGAAAGAAAUUCAGUUUGUUACAUCCGCUUUCCUUUCCCUUACAGCGUAUUUUAUUUCGCUCUUCCUUCCCUUUACCCUUGUUUACUAAUUCUGUUCCAAUUUGCUUUACGACCUUUUACCAAAAACGCCAAACGAAGAUAAAUGCGACUUCAAUUAUUAAUGCAUUCGUACCGUGCGCAAGUCACUUUUUUUUACAUUAGGAGCUUUUACAAUAGAGAGCCACCACGUAAAGGAACGAGAACGUCAUAAAAAUCAUAGAUUUAGAUUAGCGACUUUGCCAGUUUACCAUGCUUUUGAACCUCCUUCAAUACUUAUUAGUAUUCAGUAGGGAUAUUGUCCAAUGGACUUUAUGAACUCAGUCUCUUGGGGCGGGGCUUUUAAUUCGGUCUGAGGAAAAAUACGAGUUAAAAUGACUGAAACAUUUAUUGUAAAUACUAAUAAACAUAAAAUGUUAUGUACUAUCCCCGGUCAUCUUAAUUUGCAACAAAAUUAAAAAUUAUUUGCGAAAACUUAUCCACAGAAAUGUCGAAGUUUUUAACUGAGAAAUCACCAGACUAAUCCCAUUUCACGACUGUUUAUUCAUUGAGCCAAGAAUAAGUUGGUGAGGUGAGACGCAAACAAUUCUUACAUGUACCAGUCACUGACCGGUUUGCAAUCCCGCAAAACUUAAUUUAUAUCAAUUCCCAUUAUGUCGCGUCGCAUCGCAGUUAGAUGUAGUGACACUCUCUUCGAACGUUUUUCCCUCUUGUACGAUUCAGAAUAACUGUGGAAAUUUCUUUAAUUUGGAUAGCCGUUUUGCGAAGGUAGUAGACGCUUAGGGCCUGUUUACAUGGAGGUGGGGGUCCCAGGUAGGUGAGGAGACCCGCUUAGGUAGGGUAACCCGCCUAUCUUUACAAUCUUUUAUAUGGUCACCCCCACCAAUCAUGUAAACUUGAUCAAAUUAAAAUGAGAGAGAUUGUAUGAACAAGCGGGUUAUUAUUAUUAUUGUUGCUAUUAUUAUUAUUAUUAUUAUUAUGAUUAUUAUUAUGAUUAUGAUUAUUAUUAUUAUUAUUAUUAUUUUAAAUUGAAAGGAGAAAAACGUUAUUUAGCAAUCCUAUUGAAAUGAAAUAUUAAGUAAUAGUAAUAUAGUUUAUCGGCCGACCCCAUAAAAUGGCUUUUCGGUCAAUUUUACAAUUGCAAUUUGAUAAUGAAAUUUAUUGGGGAAAAAAAACGAAAUAACGCUUCUUCACUUCAGCGUUAAGCUGAUUGAGAUUCGCUAUAUUACCUAAAGAUUCGGGAUAGUCAUUCCAGAGGCGGACUACUCAUGGCCGCUGACCAGCAGUGAAUCGAAAGGAAAGCAUGUCUAACUUGUUUCUGUUUCCAAUAUUACGAGAGUGCACAUCGCCCAGUUUCAUUAACCUAUUAUAGAGAAGGGACCUGGCAAGUCCCUUAACAUAUGUUAAAUAAACUCGAUUUUUUUAAGGCUUGUCAAAAAUCUCAAGGCACACGCGUUUUAUCACUGGUUAAAAGAUCUCUCGCUUAUUACGCUCAAAUGUUAAACCCAUGAUAACACUGAUGUUUGUGUUUUAAACAUCACUAAACACGGAACGCUUUCAGACUAGAAAACUAUUGAUUUUCCUUUUCCUUCAUUGAGAUACAUUACCUUAGAAUUCAACACCAAAAAACAUUCACCAACAUUUGACAAUUAACUUGAACGAAAUAGAAUAAGAGUGAUAAAAAUUAAUUUGAAACAGCGUGAAUACACUUUUUUGUGGCGUUUUCGCUCCAUGCCGUCGCAGUCGUGGUUGCUUAAUAUGCUCCUUAUAUGGAAAGAGACCGUGACUGAUAGGGAGAUCGGGUAUGCCAAAUAUGGAGAAUAUGGACUCUACGCCUCCGAUUGAGUUUAUUAAGGUUAGCGUUAGAUAACAUCGAGUGAAGCCAGAUUGGACACCUUAUGAAUUUUACACAACGCAUUAUUUCUAUAAUGGAACGAGACUGGAAUGUAGAAUGAGGCUGGAAUAGCUGAAGAAACCUAAACUACAGAGCGCCAGUUAUAGAGAGAACACAGUAGAGAGUUAAGCACUGAUCUGCAGUGAUUAGGGUUAAGCACUGAUCUGAAAAAGGUUGGCUUUCAAAUAUUACAAUGGGGUACGGCAUAAAUAACAACAUGUAUAUUUUAAAAAUUGUUGGGUUUGGCAGCUAGUCCUCGAUGAUGUAGUGGAUAUGGAUGUAGGCUAUAAAGCAAGUGACCCGGGUUCAAAGCAUUACAGUGGAUUUUUUCUAUUUCAUUUUAUAUUGCACAGUAAAGUUGGACUUAAGUUGUUCUUCAUGUAAUUUUACUGAAAGAAACAAUCUGACUUCAGCCGAUGUUAUUCAAUGCUAACCGUUUAAUAAACUCUGGAGGGGCUAAACUGUAACGUCACUGAAAUUCGGAGUAGACUUAUUCCUCGCGCGUUGAUUGGAUAUUUCUAUCAAUACGAAGAGGACAGACAUGAAAUUUUUAAUUUCUGCAAGACGGAACACCCGCUUAAUACGGACACCCGUAUAUAACGAACAGUUUCUAAAAUUUACCCUUUAAUACGGACACCGAUUAAUACGGACACAAUGGACACUUUUCUGUGUGUCCUGAGGCACAAACUCUGUCAACCCUGCUAUUUACGGGCACUGGCUAUCUGCGUACCGUCUAUUUUCCUUGUCACAAUCACGUGCUAUUUGUAGAUAAUUUACACUGUCCAAACAAUGACAGAUUUCUGGGUUAAGUAGCAGAAUAGCUUGAUAUGUUUGAUUUUAUGUCAGUCUUUCUUUCCGUGUACUAUAUAGCCAUUUAAUAAUUACCACUCAAGUUUCACUUCCUUGGCUUUUCGGCGCAGUCAUUGUUCCUACCCUUCUUCCUCUUUGUCUGCCAUAGUCUUUAUAUCAAUACAAGAUGUUUCCGGGAGGGUUUUGCGGAGAGCCUACUUAAUACGGCCAUCCGCAUGAUACGGACACCAUGGCAUGUCCCCUAAUGUGUCCGUAUUAACCGGGUUCUACUGUUAGUAGUUUCUUUUUGAAAGGCAAAAUGUCUUUUACUGAUCCUUUUUCCAAACUUUUAAUUUCUUAAAGUAAAAAGAAAUUGACGCCAGGUCAUAACAUUGUCAAAUUUUCUAGUAGAUUCACUCGCCUGGGGCUCGUGCUCGUGGAUCCACAAAACUUCGACAAUGUCAUGAUGCGAUUUUAUGAUCAAUAAGAGGACAAAAGAUAAAGAAACUAGCCCCAAUGUGAUGAAAUGAACCAAUUUUAGUGAAUAAAAUUAUUAUUUAACCUACUAUUUCCCUACUUCAUCGUAUGUAGCAGAGAUCACUCAUCCAUUUGCAAGGGCAGAUCGAGGCAGCUAAAGAAUGCCUACAGAUAUAUAUUUGUCUCUCUUUCCCAUGUUAUUGCUUAACCUCGGUUUGUAUAUCUACCAGUGUGUGAAAGCCAGUAACCAAUCCUCAAUUACUCGUAUGUAGACGAUUACCGCCACAGUGGAGCAGGUGUUGGGGAUCUUAGAGGACGUGAAAAUUACCCACUUUGAGCCUGUUUGUGUACAGUAGAUAAAAUUUUUGGAAACAAUAAAUUACAAAAAAAUAGAAAAAUAUUCAAUGAUUUUCUAACUUUUUAAAAGUUAAAACAUCAUUUUUUUUAUAUAUCAGAAUGUCAGAAUUACGCAAGCCUUAACAGUUAUACCAGAAAGAUUACGUACUCCAGUGGCAGAUAUUGUGACCGUGGAAUCGGACCUGGUUGGUUUCGUUUCAAGGGGUCCGCCGGCACAAGAAUGCCAACUUCAUGUCCACCGUAUUACAGAUGUGGCACAAAAUCAACCGGCUGGUUGAGUGGUGGACACCCCACAGUAGCAGACGGUCAGGUCAGCAGGCAGGCGUGUUUUCACUGGAGUAGUAACUGCUGUUACUGGUCAACAAACAUCAAAGUGAGAAAUUGUGGUUCAUAUUAUGUUUACUAUCUUACUGGUACACUUGCUUGUUAUUACCGUUAUUGUGGUACUGAUUAA